AUGAAUGCUCGACCUGGAAUCCAAUCUUGUACAGUGUCAUUAGAGGCCGCUGAAGGCGUUGUUGUUUUCGAUCCAUCUCUCUGGACGGCAGAAGAAGUCGCCGAAAGCGUUGACGAUAUGGGUUUCGAGGCGAAGGUUAAAAGUAUACCUAAAGAUGUCAAAGUUCCUCUACACGCUAACAGCGCGCAACGAAAAGCCGUUGUAUCUAUCAAAGGCAUGGUUUGCCAUGCAUGUGUAAAUAAUAUACAGGACACUGUCUCACAACGUCCAGGGAUUCAUUCCGUUGUGGUAUCGCUAGAAAAGGAAGAAGGUGUAUUCACAUAUGACCCUACUGUACUAACUGACGACCAAGUAGUCGAAGCCGUGGAUGACAUGGGUUUUGAAGCGAAGCUCGUCAGCGCUGAAGGUAUCUCCUUACCCACAUAA